CACCAUCUGACUGCAUUUUAGAACUGCAUGCUACACCAAAUCAACAUGUCUAACAAAAUUGCGCUGUCCGGAGGCCUCUUUACUUCCACACACCAUUCUACCACCUAUGAUUACAUCUCCCCACUUAAACAAGAUCUAAACGGCAAGCAUGUUCUGAUCACCGGCGCCGCCUGGGAAGACGGAGUAGGAUAUGCCACAGCCACAGCCUUCGCGCGUGCAGGAGCCUCCGCAAUAGCAGUUGCCGACCUUCACGGCGUAUCAGGCGAUCUCGUCGCACAGCUCAAGUCAGCUGCAGUACAAGCCGGUCGUCCCGAGCCUACCGUGCUAAGCUGUACAGUUGAUAUCGCCAGCCGAGAGAGUGUCCAAGCAAUGCAUCGCACGGUGUCGGAGGGCUUUGGUGGGCGCCUGGACAUUAUCGUCAACAAUGCAGCCCAUAUGGAACCGGUCGAAUCGUUCCUUGACUCAGACCCGGAUGUGUACUGGCAAACAUGGGAAGUUAAUGUUCGGGGGCUGUUUAACGUGGCGCGUGAAUUUCUCCCUAUGCAGCUCUCAACCCGUACUAGCGCCGACGGUUCAUGCAUCAUGAUCAAUGUAUCGUCUUCAGGCGCAUUGAGCGCUAGGCCGGGGGGUGCGAGCUAUCGGAGUUCAAAGCUCGCGAUAUUAAGGUGGACGGAGUCACUGCAUUUGGAAUAUGCUGAUAAGGGGCUCUUGACGUUCUGUGUCAAUCCUGGCGCGAUCAGAACAAAGAUUAGUGACGGAAUACUGCCGGCGACGAUGCGCGAUGCAUUUCCUGACAGUCCAGAUAUGGCUGGUGAUACCAUUGCAUGGUUGGCUGCCGAGCGGAGGGAGUGGCUAGGGGGGCGGUACGUGAGCUGUCCAUGGGAUAUGGAGGAGCUCAUGAAGAAGAAACACGAAAUUGUGGAGGAAGACAAGCUUAAAAUGAGAAUGGCCUUUUAAGCCCAUUGCUUAUGGGUCACUCCAUAUAAGUUCAUGCGUUCCGUUACCUGUAGAAAUUAUUUAGCCAACUAACUGGUUAGUAGUAUGGUAGAUGACUACAUGCAAACCCCAGCUGUUGUAUGCUUUUUGUUUUUUAGAUGUAGGUUUUGCUUUAUGCUAUUUUCCUUACUGACUAGGCGGUAGUAUAUAGAGUAAGGAAGAGGGGGGUGUGCAUUCGUGGGUGGUUUCAUUGAACUUGGUAAAAUGACCAAAAAGAAUAUGUACAUAUAUGGUUCCAGAACCGCUAACAGACCUCUUGUCCGGAUUAGGUAUUCGAAGAAUGAAUAUGGGUUUUCAG